ACCGCGAGGGAGGGGGGUUUCCGCGCCAAUCACCGCGCGCGGUGCAGAACGAGCUGCACCGCGCGCGGUGCAAUAAGAAUUUCGCUUCGACCGCCUGCGUUUGUCCCCACCCAGCCCCCUUCCUUAAACCAGAGCUGCAACCAUUCAAACACAAUGAUAAGUCCGUCCCCUAGACUUAUACUGGAGAUAAGAAUGAUUCAUUUCAAAAAAGAAAGCCAUCAAAUGAUCCAAACCACAAGUCACCAAACCCACAGCUGUUCCUGAAUCGUGCCUGCCAGCUUUGCACCAUUCUUUCACUCAUCAAACACCAAGACAGGUCCACAUCUCGGACUCUAUGUAUAAAAAGGCUCCUCAAGCUCUCCAUGCAACCUGCUCCAUUUGUUUCACAAACUCGGUCCUGAUCACCUCUUAUUUGACCAUGUCGAGGUCCUCCAUCACCAGUAGCACCAGAAUGUUGCUUGUUUCCUUUGUGCUGGCAUCCAGCUUGGUGAUUGUUGCCUAUGGCGGCAACUUCUACCAGGACUUUGACAUCACGUGGGGAGACGGUCGUGCGAAGAUACUCGACAAUGGAGAGCUGCUCACACUUUCAUUAGACAAGGCUUCAGGUUCUGGAUUCCAGUCGAAGAAUGAAUACCUCUUUGCGGAGAUAAGCAUGCAGCUAAAGCUUGUCCCAGGGAACUCUGCAGGCACUGUCACUGCCUACUAUCUAUCAUCCCAAGGUCCAGCGCAUGAUGAGAUCGACUUCGAGUUCCUGGGGAACCUCAGUGGAGAUCCUUACAUCCUCCACACCAACUUGUUCACCCAGGGGAAGGGGAACAGGGAGCAGCAGUUCUAUCUCUGGUUUGAUCCUACAGUGGAAUUCCACACCUAUUCUGUCCUUUGGAAUCCCAUUAACAUCAUCUUCUCUGUGGAUGGCAUUCCCAUUAGAGUGUUCAAGAAUUUUGAGUCCUCUGGAGUCCCCUUUCCAAACAGCCAAGCCAUGAGGAUCUACUGCAGCCUCUGGGACGCCGAUGACUGGGCCACAAGAGGAGGCCUUGUCAAGACUGACUGGACGCAGGCACCCUUCAUUGCUUCCUUCAGAAGUUUCAGUGCUAAUGCCUGUGUGUGGUCUUCAGGCACUUCUUCUUGCUCUACUGGCUCUGGUUCAUCAAAUGAUUCAUGGAUGAGCCAAGGGCUAGACACCACAGGUCAAGAGAAGCUAACAUGGGUGCGAAACAAUUACAUGAUCUAUGAUUACUGCAAGGAUACAAAGCGAUUCCCACAAGGCCUUCCCAUCGAAUGCUCACUCGCGUGACUUCUCUUAAAUCGAUCAAAUAAUCUUUGUUUUUCAAUAAAUUCUCACUCAUUGUACCAAUUGUUGUCAAUAUUGCCGGACACGGACCAUUUUUUUUUUAAAGAUUGUGUUGUAGAUGCAGCAAAAUAUGUUCUUUUGCCAUUUAGGUUCAUGGAUUGUUGUGAUGUUAUUACUUCUGUAAGUUUUGUUAUCAUUAAAUUGUUUAAAGCUCAUGGGAUUGAAAGUUUCUAAG